AUGGGAUAUAUUAUUGUUUUAUUUAGUGUAUUACUAGUAUCAAAUGUCUGCAGCUCAAAAAGGACAAUAUCAAAAAGAAAUGCUGAGUAUGGUGAAAAGAUACGGAAAGAGGACUUCAAGGAGACAGGAAGAGGAAUAGAGGACAAAUACAACUCAUUUUUAAAUGAAUCGACUACAGAGAAGAUCACGACGAAAAAUCCCAUUGAGAGAAAUUCAGUAUCCGAAUGUUACGACGAUUACACUAUUAAGCCAGAUUUCAAGGCGCCCGGGCGAAGAAUCAGUGAGGCAAAAUGCCUUGAAUAUAUUUGGAUGAGAAAUCACAGGUGGGACAGAAAAAUUGAAGUCCACGAAUGUAUUACUAAAUUGAUUGCUGACAAUAAAUAUAAUCCACCCCCCGCCACUGUGGGAGGGAGAGAUGCUUUUACCGGAGAAUUUCCUCACAUGGGUGGAGUAGGAUGGAGAAGCCGAAAUGGAACUUGGUUAUUUAGGUGUGGAUGUUCUCUUAUAAGUUCUAAGUUUACUCUCACAGCCGCUCAUUGCUCGAAAUCGCCGCGUGAUACUGACAUAGAAAAUACUGUACCAGAAGUCGUUAGACUUGGUGACAAAAAUAUAAUGGAUUUUGAUUCCCAGAAAUUUGACCCACGUGAUGCAAAAAUUCUAAGAAUAAUUGUCCAUCCUUCAUAUUCUGCUCCCAAAAAGUAUUUUGAUAUCGCAUUAAUGGAGAUAGAGGAAAGGAGUUAUUUUUCUAGCAACGUCCAGCCGGCCUGUCUCUGGGGUCAGUUCGAUACAUCGGAGCUUGGGACUUCUGCGACUUUAACUGGGUGGGGAGUGGUGGAAACAGCAACGAGAAGGACAUCUGUAGUACUCCAAGCGGCAGUAGUAGACAUUAUAAAUUCGGAAAAAUGUAACAAUUUGUUGCGAUCUGCGUGCAAUCGACAUUGGUGUGGCGUGCUCGAGCAUCAGAUAUGUGCAGGGAAGCUGGCGGGGGGAGUUGAUGCAUGCCAGGGUGAUUCAGGGGGUCCUCUACAAGUGAAAAUCCCUCUCCCGGAUAAUGACGAAGGAUCCAUGCAUUACGUUAUAGGAGUGACGUCAUUUGGUAUAGGCUGUGCAUUACCAGACCUCCCCGGGGUCUACACCAGGGUCUCUAGUUUCAUAGACUGGAUCGAAAGCAUUGUUUGGCCAGAAAGC